UAGCUGCUGUCAUGCAAAUAUCAUACGCUUCGAAAGUUUCCUUCGGUUUUAUUUAAUAAUUAAGCAUUAUUUUGGUGAUAAUCAACAUGACUUGUAUAGUCCGUGGUUGCAGAAAUGUGUGGAGUCCAGGAUCUAGCGUUAAAUUUCACAGAUGCCUUUAACUCAGUCGGAAAAAUCAAGAAGAUAUAGAGAAAAACUGAAAAGAACGGACCCUGAAAAAUAUUUAGAAAUGAAAAAGAAAAAUAAGUUAAGAGCAAUUAAAGCUUACCAAAAUAAAAUAAAAUGUUUGACUGAUGCACAAAAAGAAGAACAUAGGUUAAAAUUACGACAGAAAAAAAACAGCAAUCAGCAGAGUUUCCACACAUUCCAGUCCACAUCGAUUGAACAAUGUUCCAAUACGGAGCACCAGGUGUUUUAUUUUGUAGCACUGUCCUUACGUUACAUAUCUUGUAUGCACUCCUUAACAAUUUUGCGUUACCAUUUUGCCUCACUCUGCGCUAUGGACUUGUAGAAAUUUUUGCGACACCAUUGCGCUAUUUGUGGCAAAAUCUACGGCCUGACCCGUAUAGCACAUUCGCUGUCUCACUGUGUAGUGUGUACGCUAAUGGCUUCUCCUAUACCUAUUCUCUUUACAUUAAAAUCGCGUCCAUGAAAAUUUGUAGAAUUUAUAGUUCAUUGUUCAGCCACCAGCCGCGCUGCCGUCGGUAAGUAGUAUCUGUGAAGUUAGCUGUUUAUGAGUACAAGUAAAGUAAUCGUGCUCCGUAAUUUUUGAAUUUUUGACAAAAAUAAACAUUAAAAAUGGUGAAAUAUUGUAUUGUGCGAGGAUGUGCAAGUGGUUUAGCAUCUGAUCGGAAAAAUAGACUGAAAAACAAUUUGCGCCAAUCAUCGUUAUUUAAAGUACCAAAGAGUAACGUAUUGAGGGAAAAAUGGGCUAAAGCUUUAUCACAACAAUUGACUUCAAAUCAAUUUGUGUGUGAGAAGCACUUUCGCGAGGAAGAUAUUAAAAAAGCUGAUCGAUUGAUUAUUAAUGGAGCUGAAACUAUCAUCGUUCGCGAAAGAUGGACUCUUUUGAAUGACAAUGUCAUUCCAAUAAACCUUCAGGAUUUGGAAAUGGAAAUUUUUGAAAAGGUAGCCGCUCACAUUCACCAUGAAAAGAAAAUGACGCUGAUAGCAUCAACUUCCAAAGACGUAUCACCGGAGCCCCUGCUGUUCUGUCGGGGAUGUCUCGUCACCGGGGUCAGACUGUUCGAUCUACAAUCGACGGAGUUGAAGACCACAUUCGAAGAAUUCGUCGGAAAAACGAGAGUUGGACAGGCGGGGUACUGGUUGUGCGCGUGCUGCGCCAUGUUGCUCGACAAGUUCACACAGUUCCGGGACAGGUGCCGGCGCGCGGAACGCGCGAUGUGGAACUUGUGCAACCACAAUGAGUUGAACGCGCACACCGUGAAAUCGAUAGACAGGACAUACCACAAACUAAACUUGAACUUGGCGAUAUCCAAACCCACGUAUAUCGGAACUGAUACCAUAUUGGUAGAUUAUGAAGAUAAGGCAUCUAGAAAGAGAAAACAUAUGGAAUAUGAAGAGGAGGAAGAAAUAAAAAUGAAAGAGGAUAAACAGAACUUGGAUGAGAAAGAAGAUGUAAAAUUGGAAAAGGGUGAACAUAUACCAUCCAUACCACUGGGAGAGGAAAGACAUAUAAACUUGAAAGAGGGAGAAGAUAUAAUAAUUAAGGAGGAAGCGUAUGUAAAAUUAGAACAGGAAGAUCAUAUGCAAUUGGAAGAGGGAGGACAUAUACAAUAUAAAGAUGGAAAACGUUUUGACGUGGAAGAGGAAGAACGCAUAAUAAUUGAUGUAGAUAGACCUGUAAAAUUAGAAGAGGAAGAACAGAUACAAUUCGAAGAGGAAGGACAUGUACACUCGGAAGAGGAAGAAGAUAUAACAAUUAAAGAGGAAGAUUAUAUUACAAUUGAAGAGGAAGUACCUGUAAAUUUUGAUGCGGGAGAUGGAGCAUAGCAAAAGGAAGAAUAGCCAAAAAUCAAAACAGAAAACGUGGUCGAUGAUAAUCCCAUUCAGGAACAUGAACAUUAUAAGUAAUGAAAACCCUUUCAUUAUAAACAAGAAUACAAAAGUUACCUAAAAAUAUCAAAUUUUCGAAUCAUACUAGGAUUGUAUUAAAUCAUGUAUUAGUAAUACAUGGUAUUAAUUAAAAAAAAGUUUUUAUUUAAAAACUAGCUAAAAUUCUUAAGAUUACUGGAAAGUAAAUACCACAUUAUUUUUUUAAAUUAUAAUUUCAAUAAACCAGUGUCCAACAA